AUGCUACCAGACCAGGUAUUUGCCAAUGUUGCCUUGGUUACACCAGAAAAGGAGCUACAACGGCAGAUCAAGUCAUCCCUAGAUCAAGACAAGUCCCUGGGGGAAAUCCUCCAGUUCCUGCAGAACAAGUCCAAAGCACCCCCCUCCAUCAAACGCACGUUUAAGGAUUAUGAAAUGGAGGCUGGCCUACUCUUCUACCAAGGACAAAUUGUAGUCCCUGACGUGGGAACACUAAGGACAGACCUACUGCGCAUCUUCCACGACAGCCCCUUGGCGGGACACCCGGGAAGACAACGCACGCUAGAGUUGGUAUCAAGAAGCUACUACUGGCCCGGCAUCCGUGCUGAUACAUACUGGCAUGUGGAUUCCUGUGAGGUAUGCCAACGGAUCAGGAAGCCAAAAUACACAUCUAUUCCCCCUCAGCCGCUUGAACUCCCUGUUAGACCCUGGCAGCCUGUGUCUUACGACAUGAUAGUGGACCUACCUAAGGAUGGAAACACAGACUCAAUCCUAGUAAUUAUUGACAGUUUCACAAAAUACGGGAUUUUUGUAAAAUGCUCCAAGAAACUCAAAGCACCCAAGUUAGCGGAACUAUUCCUGGAAAACGUAUGGAAGCGCCAUGGCAGGCCAGAAAAAACCAUAUCCAACAGAGGGAGGGUCUUCAACAACAAAUUCUUAUGUGCCCUGUACAAACGCCUUGGCAUUGAUCCCCACUUCUCCUCCACCUAUCAUCCCCAGAGCAACAGACAAACAGAACGCGUCAAUCCCUCUAUCAAACACUUCCUCAGGGCUUACUCAGGGGUUAACCAAAGGGACUGGACUAGAUGGCUUCCCAUGGCAGAGUUUGCAUACAACAAUGCCGUACAUAGCAGCACAGGCAAGACACCUUUUAAAGCCCUGUAUGGAUGGGAACCCACACUGACCCUGUCAAAUAUACCAACAGACGUUCCAGAGGCGGAUGACCUUGCCCGGACAAUGGAGGCACAAUGGAAGGAAGUGGAAGCGGCACUCCGGCAAUCUAAGCAACAAAUGAUAGCCGGAGAAAGUGGAAAACCAACGGAGUUUGAGAUUGGAGAAGAGGUUUGGCUAGAUGCCAAGAAUGUUAACCUCAAAACCCUGAGUCCCAAACUAACGGAACAACGCCUAGGGCCAUUCAGGGUUACCAAGAAGAUCUCCAACCAAGCUUACCGCCUGGAACUCCCCCCAACAAUGCGGAUUCACAACGUCUUCUAUGUAGGGCUCUUAUCUAAAGUCAAAAGGGACAAGAAGCGCGCCUUUGAGAACCGCCCCCCACCAGUCACCGUGGACGGGGAGGAAGAAUACAAGGUAGAAGGGAUCACCAAUGCCAAAGAAAGGAAUGGGAAGUGGUUUUUCCAAGUCAAAUGGAAGGGAUACGGGUCUGAGGAAAAUACGUGGGAACCCCAAGAAAACUUAAAAAACGCCAAAAAAAUUCUAGAAAAGUACAAAAAAGACAUGAGAAAGAAGGCCCUUGGCGCCGCCAAGGCCCUUAAGAGGGGGGCAGUGUUGUAG